CAACUAAAUUACAAAAGGCAGAAAGAGGAAACUUUCCCAGCCCGUUGCGGGUGUGAUGCGAGCCAGGAGCCCGAGGGGGUUGGAGGGGAGGGGGACGCUGUCCCAGCGCAGACCAUCCCCUCUCGCCUUUCUUUAGCUGCAACCGGAGCUGGGAUUCGCUUUUAGUUAAGUCCGUUCGGCCAUUGCCUCGGAGCACCCGCACACGCGCAUGUAUCUCCGGCCGCGCUCUCACACACUCACACACGCACGCAAACGCGUGGCCGUCGCCAGGUCGGCAACUUUGUCGGGCGCUCCCAGCGGCGCUCGGCUUCCUCCAGUAGUAGUUGGGCGCAGGCCCCGCCUCCCGGCUGUGUUGUCAAACGGGCGGGGGUCUCGGAUUGGUCCAGCCGCCGGGACAACACCUGCUCGACUCCUUCAUUCAAGUGACACCAGAGCUUCCAGAGAUAUUUGAGGCACCGUCCCUGCCAUUGCCCGGCACUCGCGGCGCUGCUAACGGCCUGGUCACAUGCUCUCCGGAGAGCUACGGGAGGGCGCUGGGUAACCUCUAUCAGAGCCGCGGCCGCGAGGAGGGAAAAGGCGAGCCGGGAGGAAGAGUGGGAGGAGGAGGGGAAGCGGCGGAGGAGGAGGAAGAGGCGGAGGGGAGCACAAAGAAUCCAGGUCUCCGGGCUGGAGGUUUACACCAAGAACCAUGUGUGCCGAGCGGCUGGGCCAGUUCGUGACCCUGGCUUUGGUGCUGGUUACCUUCGAUCCAGCUCGAGGGACCGACGCCACCAACACCCCCGAAGGUCCCCAAGACAGGGGCUCCCAGCAGAAAGGCCGUCUGUCCUUGCAGAACACAGCGGAAAUCCAGCACUGUUUGGUCAACGCUGGCGAUGUAGGGUGUGGCGUGUUUGAAUGUUUCGAGAACAACUCUUGUGAGAUUCGGGGCUUACAUGGAAUUUGCAUGACUUUUCUGCACAACGCUGGAAAAUUUGAUGCCCAGGGCAAGUCAUUCAUCAAAGAUGCCUUGAAGUGUAAGGCCCACGCUCUGCGGCACAGAUUCAGCUGCAUAAGCCGGAAGUGUCCAGCCAUCAAGGAGAUGGUGUUCCAGUUACAGCGGGAGUGCUACCUUAAGCAUGACCUGUGUUCUGCUGCACAGGAGAAUAUCCGGGUGAUGGUGGAGAUGAUUCACUUCAAGGACUUGCUGCUGCAUGAACCCUACGUGGACCUAGUGAACCUGCUGCUGACCUGUGGGGAGGAGGUGAAGGAGGCCAUCACCCACAGCGUCCAGGCUCAGUGUGAGCAGAGCUGGGGAAGCCUGUGCUCCAUCCUGAGUUUCUGCACCUCGGCCAUCCAGAGACCCCCCACGGCGCCGCCCGAGCGCCAGCUCCAGGGCGACAGGGCCAAGCUCUCCAGAGGCCACCCCGCGGAAAUGGGUCACCACCUUGCGGAGCCCAGCAGUCGGGAGACCGGCCGAGGUGCCAAGGGUGAGCGAGGUAGCAAGAGCCACCCCAACGCCCACGCCCGGGGCAGAGCGGCCGGACCCGGGGCCCAAGGAACUUCUGGAAGCAGCGAGUGGGAGGAUGAACAGUCUGAGUAUUCCGAUAUCCGGAGGUGAAAUGAAAGGCCCGGCCGGGAAAUCUUUUCCUCCACGCCGUCCAUUUUCUUCUCUCUGGACAUUCCAAAACAUUUGCCAUUAAAGAGGGGGGCUGUCACUCGCAGGAUGUGAUGGGGAUUGCGGACUUGAUUGGAGGUGUGUUAGCGGCAUGAACAGGUGAGGCAGAGGCUCCCUGGGCAGCGAGGGCUCGGUUGUGCCUGGUGUGUCCCGCAUCCACACAUCUCGACGGGAGGUCGGCCUCCUCGCAACUUUGCCUUCUUUCCAUCCGCGGACACCCUGGGCUGUGGCUUGCGGCUCCCUUUGCCAUGGGAGGUGACGAGAGGGGCGGGGUGACCCGCGGGGGCUCGACUGUGCGCUUGGUGCUGGGCCCCACCCCCAGCUUCUGUGCCGACCGUCCUAGCGGAGUGCAGCUGGAUUCCGGCGCAGGAGUGGGUGUGCAAAUCUCCCAGGGAGUCGGGAGAAGGGUGGAGCGGGGGCAGGGCCGUGUGGGUGCUUGGUGCCGAACAGAAAUCCAGUUUCUUGCAUGGGACCUUGAGGUUUGGAGUAACUUGGGACGGGGCGGGGGAUGUGGGGGCGGCGAGGAUUCCAAGUGUAAUUUCUGAGCCAUUGUUCUGUCUAGGGGACCCUGCUGCAGGGAGUGGCCCCUGUGUGUUUGUAUUUUAACCACUGCUUCGAGUCUCGAUUUCACUUUUUUUAAUUUAUCCAGUUACAUCUCCUUAUCUGUCGUCUAAAUAAAUAGCUUUCAAACAAGCAACUGGGUCAUUAAAACCAGCUCAAAGGAAAGCAAAAGCAACCCAUCUUUGGGGGCUGAAUUUUUUUUUAAGUGCUCUUUUUAAAGUAAUCAAAAAGUGAUGUAGCUUUAUGUCUGACUGCCUGACGUGGGCUCAUUGCCACCAGAGCAAAGCCCACCCUGGAAAAACGCACACAGGAGCGCACUGGACAAAAUUCCCUUUGGUUUUCGGUGCCUCGCCUUGACCCUCAGCCAAGACAGACCCUGGUUCUGUUGCGCCGAGUUGGAAAGCUGGCCUGUCCAUGCUAGAGGCUGGAAAAGGGGAACACAGAAGGAGACUGCUGCACGUCACUGGGGGACAAGAUUUCCCAGAUCCAGAAUGAAGAUGUAGCCAUCAGAAAAGGAGUCAGAGUGUAGAAAGACAAGCAGGGAGGAGAGACAGAACUGAGGAUACAGGGAAAGGAUUAGAACAGAAAGCACUGGCAAUGGAUGUCUUGUUACUGAAGAGGCCUCAGAGAUAGGCCUUUUCUUCUCUUUUCUGACAGAGCUUAUCCUUUCUUGCAGCCAGUACUCUAAUAGGAGCCCAGUAUUGCAAGGAAUGGAUGGAUGUUCUGGGCCAGGUCCUUCUAGAACAGGGGUCAACAAACCUUGUCUGUAAAGGUCCAGAUAGUGAAUACACUAUUUUCAGUUUGGCAGGUUAUACGGUUUUUGUUGCAGCUACUCAACUCAGCCUUUGUUGCCUGAAAGCAGAAACACACAUAGACAACACGUAACAAAUAGGCUUGGCUUCACUCCGUUAAAAUUUUAUUUAACAAGCGCCCAACUGGAUUUGGCUCUUGGGCCUGAGUUUGCCGACUGCUGUUCUAAUGACUGGGCAAAAAAAGUAUGCAUCCUCCAUUUAUAUCAACUCAUAGCUCUCCCUCAAAGCAACCUGAGGCCAGAGAUAAAGAGGCUAUAUUUAUCUACUCAAAAAUGAUUUGUUCCACAGAAUGCCCUUACCCAAAGCCCAGCUAGUGUUUAUAUAACCUAAAUCCAGUCUCACUGCUGCCAGGACAGGGUGCCAGAGCGUCGUUUUCCCAAUCUUUCACGAUGCAUGUUGGAAAGAAACCAUCUGUUGGGGGGAGGGGUACAAAAGGCUGGGAGAAGCACCUAGAAAGAGCUGGAAGUUGCAGAAAACAGAGGAGAUGUGCUCGAUCCAUCUCUGCCCUCAGAGAGAGGAGGACCGGUGUGUCAGACUCUGCCAUGGCAACUGAACGUAAACCGUGGCUGUCUGAAGCCACACAGCACGUGGACUGUUUUCCUUCCAUCACUCAAAAGCUGAAGCAAUAACAUUCUCUCGCGUUGCUGGGUCAGCUGCUCGUUUGUUCGCCCGCUUCUGGGCCGGGUGGGUGAAAGGCAUCACUUUUAUAUUUUCCGCAGUGUGAAUGUUUUACGUGUUCGCUACUGACACCCCAUGUGUUGCUUCUGUUGUAAAUAUUUGUCAUUUGUAUUUAUUAUCUCGGUGUUUUCCCCCGAGACAUACAAUUGCUUCCUAUGUUGAUUUGAACCCCCUCAUUGAUCGCUGUUGUAUAUUUUUUCAUGCCGCUGCUUUGUUUCUCCUCAAAAGCCAGGUAGAAAUCCUUGCAUUCUGGUUCCUAAACUUUUGAAGCCUACAGUAGUAUUUAUUGCUGAGAUUUCUUUAUCUCAAAACUGAGGAAAAUCCAAAUUCCUGUAAGCAUGGACAGAGGCAUUUGUACAGUCCAAAAUGUAAGCGAAGUUGUCCUUAAAAAUAGACCCUCCACUUGGGGCUUCGUACUUCAUACAAAUUUACUCCUGAGCCUUCCUUUGAGGAAGGAUGUGGAUUUCCAAAUAAAGAUAUGAUGUUUAUUUUGAGCCCUGCAUCUUAACAAGAUGAUCUGAACACCUCUCCUUUGUAUCAAUAAAUAGCCCUGUUAUUCUGAAAUGAGAGGCCUCAGUAGAGUGAAACGCUGACACUCAAAACUAAAUAAAUAGAAAAUGCUAGCCCAGAGCUGUAGCUGUACUUUCACACACAGACACACACACACAGAAAUUUCAGCUUAAACCUAGGAAAAGGCUUCGUUUAGAACAACAUGGACAAACAGCGCCUCCAGGGCCUGUUUCCUAACGAAGAGCAACCCUCCUGUGAUCUCAGCAUCAGCACCACCUGGGCUUGCUAAGUUAUAAGAUCUGUUUCUGUUACGGAUUUAGGCAGCAGGAUCUGUACUUUGUCACAUUGCAUUAUCUUUCUCCAAGACUUAAUAAAGGUUUUAAAUAACUGA